CUUCCCUCAUCUGCUGCUGUCCUUCUUCAUCCUACUCUGCAUUCAACACCUCAAUCAAAUCAAUCAAUACUACCAAACCACAAACCAAACCUUUUCCUCAAUCAAUAAAUCUGUCAAGAUGUUCGGCUGGGAUGACGCUCAAUCGUCUUACGACAACGUUCAACAACAGAGCGACAACACCGGCUCUCUGACUCACGAGGUCGUCGGCGGUGCCGCUGCUUUCGGCGCCAUGAAGUAUUUCGAGGAUCGUCAGCGCAAGGAGGGAAAGCCCGUCUCCCACGCCUUCGCCAAGGAAAUGAUCGCCGGCUUCGCAGGUGCCGAGGUCGACAAGCUCGCUGAGACCAAGGGAGAGGAUGCGUGGGAUAGCUUCGAGGCCAAGCGUGUGGCGAAGCAGAAUGCUGAGCAGUUGUAUGAUCAGCAGUAUGGGGGACAGGACCAGUAUGACCCAAAUGCUCAGGGUCAACAUGAUAGCUUGAACAACUACUAGAUGGUUGAUGGAAGCGAAUAAAAGCGAGAUGAGGGUUGAUAGUUUAUCAAUGGAUAUUAUACUGCCUC